CACGAGAGGAGCACUUCGAGGAAGUGAGCAAACCGGUAACACAACACAGUCAAGCGUGGGAGUUGUUAGUUCAUUUUUGUAAAACUCUUAGCGUUUUGGUUUGACUUAUCGUGGCUGAAUAUAUUCACAAUUAUUCAUUAUGGUACAGCAACAAAUAUUUUUAACUUGGUGAGUUGGUGGAAACUUGCUUGAGGCUUUUCGAACAGCUGUGUGCGUGGACUGGCUUCUGCUUCACUGUAAGACGUUGUGCAAACAAGGAUGCAUCUCCAGGCUCUUCUGUGUGUUCUUGCAGCAUGUUAUGAAUCGGCCAUCACUCUGAAUGCAAAGAGCGAUGAACAGAAAGGUGAUGGAAAAGAUGUAACCCCACUACUGCUUGUAUCGUUUGAUGGUUUCCGGGCAGACUAUCUGGAAAAAUACCCAUUACCUAAUCUGCAGAAAUUCAUCUCUGAUGGUGUUCUUAUUGAUCACCUUAGCAAUGUCUUUACUACUAAAACCUUUCCUAACCAUUACAGUCUUGCCACUGGACUGUAUGCAGAAAGUCAUGGAAUUCUGGCAAGUCGCAUGUAUGACCCAGAGACAGGAAAAGUUUUUACUAUUCAUAAUUCUAGCGAUCCUUUUUGGUGGAACGAAGCAACGCCGAUUUGGGUGUCUGUGCAGAACUGCAAUUAUAAAUCGGCAGCUGCAAUGUGGCCAGGAACGGAUCUGAUGAUUCAAAACCGUACCUCGACAUACUUUUUAAAAUAUGACUCAAAGGUUAGAUUUAAUGAAAGACUGGACAACUUAACAACAUGGCUCACUGGAGACAAGCUGGUCAAGUUUGCUGCCCUGUACUGGGAAGAACCUGAUAAUACUGGACACAUCUAUGGACCAGAAAACACCACAAUGAUGGCCAAGGUACUGAAAGAAGUAGAUGAUCAUGUGGGUUUUCUGAUGGACCAUCUCAACCAGACAGGACUAUGGGGGAAAAUUAAUGUGAUUAUUACUAGUGAUCAUGGCAUGGUGCAGUGCUCCCAAGACCGACUUAUUAAGCUUGAUGACUGUGUCGAUCGGAGUAGCUACGUUUUGGUGGACACCACUCCAGUGGCUGCCAUCAUACCACUCAAUGAUUCCUUAGAUCUGUACAAAAAACUUAGUAACUGCAAUGUGCACAUGAAGGCUUACAUGAAAGCUGCAAUACCUGACAGGCUGCAUUAUAGAAACAAUAAACGCAUUCAGCCCAUCAUCCUGGUGGCUGACGAAGGUUGGACAAUUGUCCAGCAAGGCAACUUCCUACGAUUGGGUGAUCAUGGCUAUGAUAACUCUCUGCGCAGCAUGCACCCCUUCCUGGCGGCCCAGGGCCCUGACUUUCGGAAAGGCUAUCGGAUGAACACCAUCAACAGCGUGGAUCUCUACCCACUCAUGUGCAACCUCCUGGGCAUCCCUGAGAUGCCCAAUAACGGCAGCUUCAGCAACGUGCGCUGUGUGCUGCUCAGGGAGAAGUGCUCAGACCUGGCAGCAGUGGUAGGCAUUGUCAUCGGCGCCCUCAUAGUGCUCACCACCAUCACCCUCCUCUUCAGGCUGCUAAAGAACAGGGAGCACUCUUCAUCACGGCCAUUUGCCCGCUUAGAGCUGGAGGAGGAGGAUGAUGAUGAACCUUUGCUUGAAUGAGUGUGGAACCUUUAGGAUUGGUUUAAGUACAUGCAAUGUGCUUGCUCAAAAAGAAAAUAAACAACAACAAAAAAAGCACAAAUAGGAAACAAAUGAAAGACAUGAUCAUAGUAAGGGGCUUUGCUUCUGUAGCAAAAUUUUGCUUAUUUUCGCCUAUAGCUAUCCAAAGAAUAGGGCUGCUAUUUAUUUAAGCAAUACUUUAAAUAAGUAACACAGUUUUCCGUAAAGUUCAAACAAAUUAAAUUUUUAUUUAUUACGAUGAGAUGAGGACUCUAUGUAGUGAUGUUAAUAUCUAUUUUUUUCAGUAUAAAGCAUUUGCAAAUGAAUGUCAGGUCAUAUAUAAUGUAUAAUGGCAUAACAUUGAAUACUUAUUUUAUUUUUAAAGCAGAUAUUUUGGGGCACAUACCACAAAAACUAUAGUUUAGACAGGCAUAGGUGUUGUCGAGUAUGCUCAAAUGCAAUGUUCAUUCAACUUAACGACUUACUGGAAAUGCACUGAGAACAUUCAUAUUUUGCAUUGCUUCAGAGGUUCGAGGGACUUUCUGAUUUCUAGCAUAGUAGAGGAACUGAAGCAAUCAAGUUACUGAGUUACGUACACUGUAUAUUUAUUUCCCUGUGUUUUAUUAAGAGCCUAUGAAUGUUUAUUUCUUCCGUUUCCUCAGUGAAUGUUGAUCUUUAUAUUUAGAUAGCAUUAAAGGAAAUUCUAUUUUUCUAUGUUGGUGGUGUAUAAGUGUAGGCUACUAAUAUGCUUUUAGUGAUCAUUUAAAUUAAGAGAUAUUGUUUGUUUGUUUUUUUUUAAUAAUGUGAGUUUCUUGCACUCAGAUGUUGGUGUUUGUGGUGAGAGGGGUUUAAGGGCUGGUUCACUGUUUUCUUGAAGUCUUCCUCUAAUGGUACUUGUACUAUGUAACUAUGCAAGAGAAAGGUUGUCAGGUACUGAUAUGUUGUGGGGGCUUUUGUGGAGACGUGUGUGUGUGUGUGUGUGUUAAAAUCAUAAUUAUGAUAGAUUUUCUUGCUUGUAUAAUAUUUUGUGUUGCUUAAAUGGUUACGAGAUGUAAAGCAGUAAUAUAUUGGCAGCUUUGUAAUGUGGUUACAUCUGGACCACUAGAGGUCACUCUCUAAUAUGUGUGUGUUAUAAUGUGUUUCACAAUGAUGUGUAAAUCUCUCAAGGCUUCAUGGAAUCAACUUUUAUCUAUAAAAAGAAAGAAAGAACAUUUCAAGUUAUUUUAGUUGUGGUAGUAAAUUGAUUUGCUUGUGUUUGUGGAUGAAGUUGCAGCUUUGACAAGUCUUAAGUUGACUGUCUUUCCUGUAAUAAAGUCUCCUUCAGUAAA